AGAGAUUGAGCAAAUAGAGCAGCAGAGAAGGCAGCUCCUCUCCUCUGGCUCCUUCCCUCCCUGUCCCCCGCUCUCCCGCACACAGUGGAGAUUGGAGGGAGCCCAGAGCCCAGUUCGCCAGCCAGGCUAGGAGCUGGAGGCCCUGCCAUGGCAUCCCCAAGGCCCCUACUGAUACUUGCCAUGCUGGCAUGGGUUGUUAUGGCUGACCAGAGUCGUGCAAGGGGCCGCCUGCACAGAGGGCUUCAACGCGACAGGAAGUGCCAGUGUGACGAGCUCUUAUACUACCAGAGCUGCUGUGAGGACUACGUGGCUGAGUGCAAACCCCAAGUGACGCGUGGGGAUGUAUUCACUCUGCCAGAAGAUGAGUACGGGGUCUACAACUACUUUGAGGAGACCAGAGACAACAGCAGUGUCCUCCCACAGCCGGAGGGCACCAGCCAGGGUCCCGACCUGCAGGCCCAGACUGAAGUGUCUCCUGACCAGGAGACCUUCGAGGAACCUUUUCUGAACCCUACACAGGGGACCCUGGGGCCUGAGACCUCUGAUCAAGACAUCCCUGAGUCCCCGGUGGUGGAAGAGCUAUGCAGUGGGAAGCCCUUUGACGCCUUCACUGACCUCAAGAAUGGCUCCCUCUUUGCCUUCCGAGGGCAGUACUGUUAUGAACUGGAUGAAGAGGCAGUGAGCCCUGGGUACCCCAAGCUUAUCCAAGAUGUCUGGGGCAUUGAGGGCCCCAUUGAUGCUGCCUUCACCCGCAUCAACUGCCAGGGGAAGAACUACCUCUUCCAGGGUCAUCAGUACCGGCGCUUCGAGGAUGGUGUUCUGGACCCAGAUUACCCCCGCAACAUCUCUGAAGGCUUCAAGGGCAUUCCGGACAACGUGGAUGCAGCCUUGGCUCUCCCUGCUCAUAGCUACAGUGGCCGGGAGCGGGCCUACUUCUUCAAGGGGAGACAGUACUGGGAGUAUGAGUUCCAGCAGCAGCCCAGUCAGGAGGAAUGUGAAGGCAGCUCCCUGUCCGCAGUGUUUGAACACUUUGCCCUGCUGCAGCGCGACAGCUGGGAGACCCUCUUUGAAUUUCUCUUCGGGAACAGAUUCUCUGGCGGUGCUGGACAGCCCCGGCUCAUCAGCCGGGACUGGCCUGGUGUGCCCAGGCAAGUGGAUGCGGCCAUGGCCGGCCGCAUCUACGUCUCAGGAUCAGCUCCCCAAUCCUGGGCCAAGAAGCAGAAGUCUAGGCGGCGUAACCGUAAACGCUACCGCUCACGCCGUAACCGUGGCCGAGGCCGCAGCCAGAACCCCCACCGGCAGUCCCGUUCAGCCUGGCUGUCCUGGCUCUCCAGUGAGGAGGACAGCCUGGGCAUCUACAACUAUCGUGACUACGACAUGGACUGGCUUGUGCCUGCCACCUGCGAGCCCAUCCAAAGUGUUUACUUCUUCUCAGGAGACAAGUACUACCGAGUCAACCUUCGCACACGGCAAGUGGACACCGUGAGCCCUCCUUACCCACGCUCCAUCGCCCAGUACUGGCUGGGCUGCCCAGCCCCUGGCCGCCAGUAGGAAUCGGAGCCUGCACAGCUGGGCCCUCCACUGUUCCUUCCUCAACCACUUCCGCCCAUCCCAAUAAAGACCCCU